GCCGCUGAGGGCGCGCACGCGCAGAGGUCGGCGGCUGCCUCCUGCUGGGGCGCCUGAGGUGUUCUGUGCUCCUCGCCUCCUGCGUUCCAUGGAGAUGCCCAGCUCCCGGGCGCAUCCGGAGGACAGCGCUGAGCUGGUCCCUUCCGACAACUCGACCCCGCACAAAGAGGAACUUAACAGCAAGAUUAAAGAACAAAAAAUUGUUGUAGAUGAACUUUCUAACCUGAAGAAAAACAGGAAAGUAUAUAAGCAGCAACAAAACAGCAACAUAUUCUUUCUUGCAGACCGAACAGAAAUGCUUUCUGAAAGCAAAAAUAUACUGGAUGAACUGAAGAAAGAAUACCAAGAAAUAGAAAACUUAGAGAAGACCAAAAUCAAGAAGUAGUCAACUUAAUUUCACAUAACAAUGUGUGGCAUUUGUUGUUCUG